AUGUUAAUAUUUCACUUGUUUUUUUUCCUAAUCAGAAUUUUGGAUUUGGCUCCUAACUCGAAAUCGCGGGAUCCAAAUUGCCUAUCUAAAUUGCGUGCAUUGAAGGAGGUGAUAUUGCCAGCUGUUUUAGAACCAUCUAAUAUAAGACGCUAUGAAGUCAGUUCAGAUAUCCUCGAUUUUGAGUGUAUCGAAAGAACUCAAUAUUUGGAACAACUCCGACAGGAUAUGUUUGACCUGGCAAAGCUCCAAAUCGACAAAAGCAUUGCCACGCUAAAGGACGACAACCAAUCUCCCCACCGUCUUGAGGUGGCACGUCAUAUGAUGUUGUGCCUGAAACACCUUAAAAAGUUUCACAACAGAGAGGAGCUGUUAACUUCAAUAAAAAGAAAUUUAGUAGGAAGCACGAAAAGUGAGUUCAAUAAGCUAAAAUUGUUUUUCCUUCCUGCAAACUUCCCCGAGAUUCAGUACAUCGUCCUAAUUAUAAAGGCAUAG